AGGAGGGUCAGAGAGAAAGGGAGAGGAGCAAGUCAGGACGCCGGGUUACAAGAGCACCAAGACCAGGCUGUUUCUGUGCGUGAGGAACUUUGCCUGGCAGAUAAAAUUAGACCUAGAGCUUGCUGACAGGGAGUCUGAAGCGUGGGACAUGGACCGUUCCCUGGGACGGCAAGGCAGUUCUGUCCCCGAGGAGAGGGCUGAAGCUGGGAUCAAGCGCUUUCUGGAGGACGCGGAUGACGCAGAACUGAACAAGUUCGUGACGGAUUUCCCAGGAAGCGAGACCUACCACCCACCAGAGGCCAAGACCUUGGUGCCCAGGCCCCAAAUCCAGGAGCCGAGGCCCCAGGCUUCAGACCUCUGCCAGGAUGACCUGGAGUUCAAACCCCCCUCGUGGCCCCAGCCCUCUGACAGCCAGCAGUACUUCUCUGCCUCAGCCCCCCUCAGCCCCUCAGCCCGGCCCCGCAGCCCGUGGGGCAAGCUCGAUCCCUAUGACUCCUCCGAGGAUGACAAGGAGUACGUGGGCUUUGCGACCCUCCCCAAUCAAGUCCACCGGAAGUCUGUGAAGAAAGGCUUUGACUUUACCCUCAUGGUGGCAGGAGAGUCGGGCCUGGGGAAGUCCACGCUGGUCAACAGCCUCUUCCUCACGGAUCUGUACCGGGACCGGAAGCUCCUCAGCGCAGAAGAGCGUAUCAUGCAGACGGUGGAGAUCACUAAGCAUGCCGUGGACAUAGAGGAGAAGGGCGUGAAGCUGCGGCUCACCAUUGUGGACACACCAGGUUUUGGGGAUGCCGUCAACAACACAGAGUGCUGGAAGCCUGUGGCUGAAUACAUCGACCAGCAGUUUGAGCAGUAUUUCCGAGAUGAGAGUGGCCUGAACCGCAAGAAUAUUCAAGACAACAGGGUGCACUGCUGCCUGUACUUCAUCUCGCCCUUCGGCCACGGGCUCCGGCCAUUGGAUGUUGAAUUUAUGAAGGCCCUGCAUCAGCGGGUCAACAUCGUGCCUAUCCUGGCCAAGGCGGACACACUGACCCCUCCUGAAGUGGAGCGCAAGAAACGCAAAAUCCGGGAGGAGAUUGAGCACUUUGGAAUCAAGGUCUACCAGUUCCCAGACUGUGACUCUGAUGAGGAUGAGGACUUCAAAUCACAGGACCUGGCCCUAAAGGAAAGCAUCCCAUUUGCUGUCAUUGGCAGCAACACUGUGGUAGAGGCCAGAGGGCGUCGAGUUCGGGGCCGGCUCUACCCCUGGGGCAUCGUGGAAGUGGAAAACCCAGGGCACUGCGACUUUGUGAAGCUGAGGACAAUGCUGGUGCGUACUCACAUGCAGGACCUGAAGGACGUGACGCGGGAGACGCAUUAUGAGAACUACCGGGCCCAGUGCAUCCAGAGCAUGACCCGCCUGGUGGUGAAAGAGCGGAAUCGCAACAAACUGACUCUAGAGAGUGGUACGGAUUUCCCCCUUCCUGCCGUCCCACCAGGGACAGAUCCAGAAACUGAGAGGCUGAUCCGAGAGAAGGAUGAGGAGCUGCGGCGGAUGCAGGAGAUGCUGCACAAAAUCCAAAGACAGAUGAAAGAGACCCAUUAGCUGGCUUUCAGCCCUGAAUAUUUAAACGCCGCCUCUUCGUCCUGCCUAUGUCAGCCCCUCCCAGCACCAGCUCUGCUCAGGCCCCUGCAGCUACUGCCACUUCGCCUUACAUCCCUGCUGCCUCCCCAGAGACUCAGAGGAAAUAAAGUUUAACAAAUCUGUA